ACAUUCGGAUCUACUUCCCCACGACAACGAGUAGUCCCACAAGCACAAUGAUUGUCUCCUCGGAAGGUCCUUCUACCGUAGUGGAGACUACAAGAUAUUCGACCACUGGUACAACAUAUGGAAUUAGCUCGACCAAGAGCAGUCCAAGUACAUCAAUUCUAACGACUACAGGUGCACCAUCCACACCUGAACAUCAAAGUACCACUUUGGAAAGAACUACUUUCCGUACAGUGCCAGCAACAACAGAUCGAAGCACUGUGACAUCGACUCUAGAAGAGACCACUCUUCCCAGAACAACUACGGACCAGACAAGCACACUUGAACCGUCUUCAACCAAAUAUUCAACAGCAAGUGCUACAAGCACUCUUGAAAGCACAUCCGAAGGUCGUUUAACUAGUGUACAGUCUACGGCCUAUUCUACAGCUGGCACUACGACCAGAAUAAGCUCGACAACAGGCCCAAGAACGUCCGUCUACUCGACAGAGCAAAGUACCACCGCGCAAAGGACCAAACUUCCAACAGUGCUUGUAACAACAGAGCAAAGCACGUUGACGCCCUCCUUGGCACAGACAACCAUGUCUAGUACGACAACAGAGACGACAACAAUGUCUAGAUCUACGACAGCAGAGAAAAUUACGACUGCGCAAAGAACAAAAGUUCCCACAGUGCAGCUAACAACAGAGCAAAGCACUGUGACGCCUUCCUUGGCAGAAACUACUGUGGCUAGUACAACAGACAUGGCUACCACAUUCGGAUCUACUUCCCCCACGACAACGAGUAGUCCCACAAGCACAAUGAUUGUCUCCUCGGAAGGUCCUUCUACCGUUGUGGAGACUACAAGAUAUUCGACCACUGGUACAACAUAUGGAAUUAGCUCGACCACGAGCAGUCCAAGUACAUCAAUUCUAACGACUACAGGUGCACCAUCCACACCUGAACAUCAAAGUACCACUUUGGAAAGAACUACUUUCCGUACAGUGCCAGCAACAACAGAUCGAAGCACUGUGACAUCGACUCUAGAAGAGACCACUCUUCCCAGAACAACUACGGACCAGACAAGCACACUUGAACCGUCUUCAACCAAAUAUUCAACAGCAAGUGCUACAAGCACUCUUGAAAGCACAUCCGAAGGUCGUUUAACUAGUGUACAGUCUACGGCCUAUUCUACAGCUGGCACUACGACCAGAAUAAGCUCGACAACAGGCCCAAGAACGUCCGUCUACUCGACAGAGCAAAGUACCACCGCGCAAAGGACCAAACUUCCAACAGUGCUUGUAACAACAGAGCAAAGCACGUUGACGCCCUCCUUGGCACAGACAACCAUGUCUAGUACGACAACAGAGACGACAACAAUGUCUAGAUCUACGACAGCAGAGAAAAUUACGACUGCGCAAAGAACAAAAGUUCCCACAGUGCAGCUAACAACAGAGCAAAGCACUGUGACGCCUUCCUUGGCAGAAACUACUGUGGCUAGUACAACAGACAUGGCUACCACAUUCGGAUCUACUUCCCCCACGACAACGAGUAGUCCCACAAGCACAAUGAUUGUCUCCUCGGAAGGUCCUUCUACCGUUGUGGAGACUACAAGAUAUUCGACCACUGGUACAACAUAUGGAAUUAGCUCGACCACGAGCAGUCCAAGUACAUCAAUUCUAACGACUACAGGUGCACCAUCCACACCUGAACAUCAAAGUACCACUUUGGAAAGAACUACUUUCCGUACAGUGCCAGCAACAACAGAUCGAAGCACUGUGACAUCGACUCUAGAAGAGACCACUCUUCCCAGAACAACUACGGACCAGACAAGCACACUUGAACCGUCUUCAACCAAAUAUUCAACAGCAAGUGCUACAAGCACUCUUGAAAGCACAUCCGAAGGUCGUUUAACUAGUGUACAGUCUACGGCCUAUUCUACAGCUGGCACUACGACCAGAAUAAGCUCGACAACAGGCCCAAGAACGUCCGUCUACUCGACAGAGCAAAGUACCACCGCGCAAAGGACCAAACUUCCAACAGUGCUUGUAACAACAGAGCAAAGCACGUUGACGCCCUCCUUGGCACAGACAACCAUGUCUAGUACGACAACAGAGACGACAACAAUGUCUAGAUCUACGACAGCAGAGAAAAUUACGACUGCGCAAAGAACAAAAGUUCCCACAGUGCAGCUAACAACAGAGCAAAGCACUGUGACGCCUUCCUUGGCAGAAACUACUGUGGCUAGUACAACAGACAUGGCUACCACAUUCGGAUCUACUUCCCCCACGACAACGAGUAGUCCCACAAGCACAAUGAUUGUCUCCUCGGAAGGUCCUUCUACCGUUGUGGAGACUACAAGAUAUUCGACCACUGGUACAACAUAUGGAAUUAGCUCGACCACGAGCAGUCCAAGUACAUCAAUUCUAACGACUACAGGUGCACCAUCCACACCUGAACAUCAAAGUACCACUUUGGAAAGAACUACUUUCCGUACAGUGCCAGCAACAACAGAUCGAAGCACUGUGACAUCGACUCUAGAAGAGACCACUCUUCCCAGAACAACUACGGACCAGACAAGCACACUUGAACCGUCUUCAACCAAAUAUUCAACAGCAAGUGCUACAAGCACUCUUGAAAGCACAUCCGAAGGUCGUUUAACUAGUGUACAGUCUACGGCCUAUUCUACAGCUGGCACUACGACCAGAAUAAGCUCGACAACAGGCCCAAGAACGUCCGUCUACUCGACAGAGCAAAGUACCACCGCGCAAAGGACCAAACUUCCAACAGUGCUUGUAACAACAGAGCAAAGCACGUUGACGCCCUCCUUGGCACAGACAACCAUGUCUAGUACGACAACAGAGACGACAACAAUGUCUAGAUCUACGACAGCAGAGAAAAUUACGACUGCGCAAAGAACAAAAGUUCCCACAGUGCAGCUAACAACAGAGCAAAGCACUGUGACGCCUUCCUUGGCAGAAACUACUGUGGCUAGUACAACAGACAUGGCUACCACAUUCGGAUCUACUUCCCCCACGACAACGAGUAGUCCCACAAGCACAAUGAUUGUCUCCUCGGAAGGUCCUUCUACCGUUGUGGAGACUACAAGAUAUUCGACCACUGGUACAACAUAUGGAAUUAGCUCGACCACGAGCAGUCCAAGUACAUCAAUUCUAACGACUACAGGUGCACCAUCCACACCUGAACAUCAAAGUACCACUUUGGAAAGAACUACUUUCCGUACAGUGCCAGCAACAACAGAUCGAAGCACUGUGACAUCGACUCUAGAAGAGACCACUCUUCCCAGAACAACUACGGACCAGACAAGCACACUUGAACCGUCUUCAACCAAAUAUUCAACAGCAAGUGCUACAAGCACUCUUGAAAGCACAUCCGAAGGUCGUUUAACUAGUGUACAGUCUACGGCCUAUUCUACAGCUGGCACUACGACCAGAAUAAGCUCGACAACAGGCCCAAGAACGUCCGUCUACUCGACAGAGCAAAGUACCACCGCGCAAAGGACCAAACUUCCAACAGUGCUUGUAACAACAGAGCAAAGCACGUUGACGCCCUCCUUGGCACAGACAACCAUGUCUAGUACGACAACAGAGACGACAACAAUGUCUAGAUCUACGACAGCAGAGAAAAUUACGACUGCGCAAAGAACAAAAGUUCCCACAGUGCAGCUAACAACAGAGCAAAGCACUGUGACGCCUUCCUUGGCAGAAACUACUGUGGCUAGUACAACAGACAUGGCUACCACAUUCGGAUCUACUUCCCCCACGACAACGAGUAGUCCCACAAGCACAAUGAUUGUCUCCUCGGAAGGUCCUUCUACCGUUGUGGAGACUACAAGAUAUUCGACCACUGGUACAACAUAUGGAAUUAGCUCGACCACGAGCAGUCCAAGUACAUCAAUUCUAACGACUACAGGUGCACCAUCCACACCUGAACAUCAAAGUACCACUUUGGAAAGAACUACUUUCCGUACAGUGCCAGCAACAACAGAUCGAAGCACUGUGACAUCGACUCUAGAAGAGACCACUCUUCCCAGAACAACUACGGACCAGACAAGCACACUUGAACCGUCUUCAACCAAAUAUUCAACAGCAAGUGCUACAAGCACUCUUGAAAGCACAUCCGAAGGUCGUUUAACUAGUGUACAGUCUACGGCCUAUUCUACAGCUGGCACUACGACCAGAAUAAGCUCGACAACAGGCCCAAGAACGUCCGUCUACUCGACAGAGCAAAGUACCACCGCGCAAAGGACCAAACUUCCAACAGUGCUUGUAACAACAGAGCAAAGCACGUUGACGCCCUCCUUGGCACAGACAACCAUGUCUAGUACGACAACAGAGACGACAACAAUGUCUAGAUCUACGACAGCAGAGAAAAUUACGACUGCGCAAAGAACAAAAGUUCCCACAGUGCAGCUAACAACAGAGCAAAGCACUGUGACGCCUUCCUUGGCAGAAACUACUGUGGCUAGUACAACAGACAUGGCUACCACAUUCGGAUCUACUUCCCCCACGACAACGAGUAGUCCCACAAGCACAAUGAUUGUCUCCUCGGAAGGUCCUUCUACCGUUGUGGAGACUACAAGAUAUUCGACCACUGGUACAACAUAUGGAAUUAGCUCGACCACGAGCAGUCCAAGUACAUCAAUUCUAACGACUACAGGUGCACCAUCCACACCUGAACAUCAAAGUACCACUUUGGAAAGAACUACUUUCCGUACAGUGCCAGCAACAACAGAUCGAAGCACUGUGACAUCGACUCUAGAAGAGACCACUCUUCCCAGAACAACUACGGACCAGACAAGCACACUUGAACCGUCUUCAACCAAAUAUUCAACAGCAAGUGCUACAAGCACUCUUGAAAGCACAUCCGAAGGUCGUUUAACUAGUGUACAGUCUACGGCCUAUUCUACAGCUGGCACUACGACCAGAAUAAGCUCGACAACAGGCCCAAGAACGUCCGUCUACUCGACAGAGCAAAGUACCACCGCGCAAAGGACCAAACUUCCAACAGUGCUUGUAACAACAGAGCAAAGCACGUUGACGCCCUCCUUGGCACAGACAACCAUGUCUAGUACGACAACAGAGACGACAACAAUGUCUAGAUCUACGACAGCAGAGAAAAUUACGACUGCGCAAAGAACAAAAGUUCCCACAGUGCAGCUAACAACAGAGCAAAGCACUGUGACGCCUUCCUUGGCAGAAACUACUGUGGCUAGUACAACAGACAUGGCUACCACAUUCGGAUCUACUUCCCCCACGACAACGAGUAGUCCCACAAGCACAAUGAUUGUCUCCUCGGAAGGUCCUUCUACCGUUGUGGAGACUACAAGAUAUUCGACCACUGGUACAACAUAUGGAAUUAGCUCGACCACGAGCAGUCCAAGUACAUCAAUUCUAACGACUACAGGUGCACCAUCCACACCUGAACAUCAAAGUACCACUUUGGAAAGAACUACUUUCCGUACAGUGCCAGCAACAACAGAUCGAAGCACUGUGACAUCGACUCUAGAAGAGACCACUCUUCCCAGAACAACUACGGACCAGACAAGCACACUUGAACCGUCUUCAACCAAAUAUUCAACAGCAAGUGCUACAAGCACUCUUGAAAGCACAUCCGAAGGUCGUUUAACUAGUGUACAGUCUACGGCCUAUUCUACAGCUGGCACUACGACCAGAAUAAGCUCGACAACAGGCCCAAGAACGUCCGUCUACUCGACAGAGCAAAGUACCACCGCGCAAAGGACCAAACUUCCAACAGUGCUUGUAACAACAGAGCAAAGCACGUUGACGCCCUCCUUGGCACAGACAACCAUGUCUAGUACGACAACAGAGACGACAACAAUGUCUAGAUCUACGACAGCAGAGAAAAUUACGACUGCGCAAAGAACAAAAGUUCCCACAGUGCAGCUAACAACAGAGCAAAGCACUGUGACGCCUUCCUUGGCAGAAACUACUGUGGCUAGUACAACAGACAUGGCUACCACAUUCGGAUCUACUUCCCCCACGACAACGAGUAGUCCCACAAGCACAAUGAUUGUCUCCUCGGAAGGUCCUUCUACCGUUGUGGAGACUACAAGAUAUUCGACCACUGGUACAACAUAUGGAAUUAGCUCGACCACGAGCAGUCCAAGUACAUCAAUUCUAACGACUACAGGUGCACCAUCCACACCUGAACAUCAAAGUACCACUUUGGAAAGAACUACUUUCCGUACAGUGCCAGCAACAACAGAUCGAAGCACUGUGACAUCGACUCUAGAAGAGACCACUCUUCCCAGAACAACUACGGACCAGACAAGCACACUUGAACCGUCUUCAACCAAAUAUUCAACAGCAAGUGCUACAAGCACUCUUGAAAGCACAUCCGAAGGUCGUUUAACUAGUGUACAGUCUACGGCCUAUUCUACAGCUGGCACUACGACCAGAAUAAGCUCGACAACAGGCCCAAGAACGUCCGUCUACUCGACAGAGCAAAGUACCACCGCGCAAAGGACCAAACUUCCAACAGUGCUUGUAACAACAGAGCAAAGCACGUUGACGCCCUCCUUGGCACAGACAACCAUGUCUAGUACGACAACAGAGACGACAACAAUGUCUAGAUCUACGACAGCAGAGAAAAUUACGACUGCGCAAAGAACAAAAGUUCCCACAGUGCAGCUAACAACAGAGCAAAGCACUGUGACGCCUUCCUUGGCAGAAACUACUGUGGCUAGUACAACAGACAUGGCUACCACAUUCGGAUCUACUUCCCCCACGACAACGAGUAGUCCCACAAGCACAAUGAUUGUCUCCUCGGAAGGUCCUUCUACCGUAGUGGAGACUACAAGAUAUACGACCACUGGUACGACAUAUGGAAUUAGCUCGACCAAGAGCAGUCCAAGUACAUCAAUUCUAACGACUACAGGUGCACCAUCCACACCUGAACAUCAAAGUACCACUUUGGAAAGAACUACUUUCCGUACAGUGCCAGCAACAACAGAUCGAAGCACUGUGACAUCGACUCUAGAAGAGACAACUGUUCCGAGAACAACUACGGAGCAGACAAGCACACUUGAAUCGUAUUCAACCAAAUCUUCAACAGCAAGUGCUACAAGCACUCUUGUCAGCACAUCCGAAGGUCGUUCAACUAGUGUACAAUCUACGUCUUAUUCUACGGCUGGCAUAACGAAUAGAUUGAGCUCUACAACUGGCUCAAGAACGUCCGGCCACUCGACAAUACUUCCUGAAACUACACCGGUAGAGGAAAGCACGACCGGGCAAAGUGACAAGAAGCCAGACAAUGACCAUAACAACACCUUCACUGAUUACUACUGA